CGGCGUGCGUUUAAGUUUCAUUCACUCUUUCCUGAGCCUAUUCUGAAAGAACGUUUCCUUCGAUAGCAUACAAAGUGUCAUGAGACGAGUAAUUCACAAAUACGUGUUGCUGGCGAGCGUUCUCGUCGCUCUUGUCCAUGGUAGACGCCAUGGCUGGGAACAUAGAGUUAGUGUGAAUAGAGUGACAGAUGCUUUUGGCCUUUCAGAAGGCCCUCAUUGGGAUCAACGUACUCAAAAGUUGUACUUUGUCGAUAUAACCAAUCAAUAUAUACGUAGAUUGGACCCCGCAACUGGAGAAGUAAACAGCGCCUACAUAAAACAUGGUCCUGUUGGAGUUGUUGUAACUGUGGACGAUACUCCUGACAAACUUGUAGCAGGUUCUGGAAGAGAUGUCAUUCUUGUUUCUUGGGAUGGAGAUGAAAACGAAGCAAACACAACAAUCGAAGUAUUGUGUUCUGUCGACACUGAUCGUAAUCAAACAAGGAUCAAUGAUGGAAAAGUUGAUUCUCAUGGAAGAUUUUGGUUAGGCACUAUGGCUAAUGAAGUCAAUGGACAGGUAUCUCCCAAUGAAGGAACUUUAUAUCGCAUUGAUGACAAGCUUGAGCCUAAAACAGAAGUAACUCCUGUGUCAAUCAGUAACGGAUUAGCAUGGGACAAAGAGGAUAACAAAUUUUAUUAUAUUGAUUCACCUACGCGUCAAGUUGUAGGAUAUGAUUAUGAUCCACAAGCAGGAACAAUAUCUAAUAAGAAGGUUAUAUUUGACUUGAACAAAACUGAGUUACAAGGAGUACCCGACGGAAUGACUAUAGAUACAGAUGGUAAUCUUUGGGUAGCACUGUUUGGUGGUCAUCAUAUACCUGUCUACAGAGGAUCUGACAAACCAUUAAUAAAUAAUUAUGAACCUAGCGAUUAUUACGGUACUAAUGGAUUUGGAGAUUUUGAUUUUUCUCGAAACAUAACUGCAAAGCUGAAUACAACACAGAAUGCUUCCGCGUUACUUGUAGAUUUAGUGAAGCAAUAUCCAGAUGAAAUAGUUAUAGUCAGUCUUGGACCUCUGACAAAUGUUGCCAGGGCAAUUAUGUUGGAAUCCCGUUUCCUGUAUUUUGUAAAACAACAUGUAAUAAUGGGAGCAAGUAUUAAUUUGGACUCGGAAUUCAAUUUUAAACAAGAUCCAGAAGGUAAUUUGAUUGCGUUCAAUGAUACUAAUAAACCCAGCCUUGUAAUUCCAAAAGAAGCAGUGCACAGUGUCUCUAUUUCAAAGGAGGAAUAUAGAGAUCUCUUCGCUAGUUUGAAUCAAUCUAUCGCAAGCUUUUUGUAUCAAGCUGAAAAACUAGGUGUAGAAAAGGCAGAAUAUUGGGAACCAUCAGACGGCAUAGCCAUGGCAAUUGCGCUACAACCGGAAAUAACAACGGAAUCGAUUGAAACCAAUUUGAAGCCGAUAAUUAUGGGUGACAGAAGAGGUGCGGUUGAGAUAGAUUCCACGAAGAAACAUAAUGCAAAAGUUGUGAAAAAUUACAACGUGACUGCGUUUAAAAACUUAAUACUUGAAUACUUAUCUUAA